ACCUAAAGUUCAAACUCAUAAAUGAAUGAACGUGGUUGCGUCUUUUGAACUUGUGUGAGCAAAAACAACAAAACUAGUUCAUGUAAUCAUGUCGACCAGCACUCGAAGUUUUCUCGAAAGCUCUUAUGAUAUCGGCCCAUGUGACUCGACACAGACUAGCUCAAUUGCAGAUCAGCUAAGAGCUGUGAAGGACGGAGAAGUCUGUAUGGCAGACUUUAGGAAUUGCAGUGUUCUACAAUGCAUGACAUGCAACACAGUGCUUGGAGACUCUCUCGGGAUCUGCGGGGAAGUCCAGAGCCUCCACAGUAUCAUUUGUUUGGAAGUCACUGAGGAUGUGAGGGUAAACAAAAAGCUGGAGAUGAGUUUGAAUGGUCAUCUGGCUUUCUCGACCUACCAAGUCCUUCACUGUGAUGGUUGCCAUGGUGCAGUUGGCCUGGUUCUUCACUCCACCCCAGAGCACAUGUCUGCUUUACGGAACCUCUUCCUUUUACGAAAAGAGCUGAUAAACUGCUACAUGCUAAGAAGUGGCACAUGUGUUAAAGCCUCCAAAAUCAACUUCAAACACCGACUCAUGGACAAAAAUAUUAAAGAGCUGAAGCAGGAUUUAGAAGCUCAGGUGAAGAUUCUGGAAGGAAUGAUGGAAAAAUUGUGCACACACAAUGUAAGCUAAAGAAAUGCCAGGCAUUUAAUAUGUAUAGUUAUGUUAUAACUGCUGAAAUAAAGUGUAUAUAUAUUUUUUUGUAUUAUGUCUUGAAUAACAGUUUCAUUCUUUGGAAAUGUUUAAAAUGGUUAUUGUAUUUCUUUAUUUACAUUGUGCUGAGAAA